AGCAUUUGGUCAUUCGAGAGGUUAUAGCUGUGCCUCCCCUUCAGUGUCACAGUGGUGGGUAAGAUCCAGCAGUUGCAAACCCAGGUUCGGGGACGGGGCAAUGGAUGGGAGAGCUCCUGUUCAAAGCUGCAAGAUGAGACGCCCUCGCUUUAAGGAGCUGGAUAAAUAAAACAUGAUCCUGCCUUGAGCUCAAUGACAUCAGGGUUUUCUCCCUCUCUCUCUCUCUGCCUGAUUUUUCUUGUGUUUAUUUCCUGGGAGAUUUUGAAGUCUGGCUUUUGUUUGUCGUUGCACGAUUGCUGCCUUUCUGCCAGAGUCUUGUCUGUGGCUGCAGUUCAUUUAUUUUUUUUGGAGGGUGUGUUUGAGCUAUCUGCUUUUCAACCCCAAAAGAAGAGGCAUUAGCCCAGUGCUUUGUUGCAUCUCUCUCUCUGUGUGUGUGUGUGUGUGUGUGUGGAUGCGCCUUGUUUCCUCUCUGUGCUCGUGUGGGGAGAAGGAGGUUGGAGAGAUCAAGGGGUGGAAGGCGAGGAUUUCAAGCUUGGUCGCUGGGCAGAAGCCGGGAGAGCUGCAGAGCUGAGGCGAGGGGCUACACGGAUGCCUGGAGAGAGUAGAGUGCCCAGCCCUUUGAUGUGAGCCCACAGCCCGUGUGCCAUCAGCGCCAUUGGAAGGAAGGGAGGGAGGUGGGCAUUCUGAGUGGAGCGAUGCCACACUGCAGAGGUUGGUGCUAACAGCCCGGACAGCUCUCUCUCUCACUCUCUCGCUCUGCUUUUCCCCGCCGCUUGGUGUGUCCCCCACCCCCCUCCUCCUCCCCCCUCUCUCUCUCUCUGCUGUGUCUCUCCAGCUGGGAUGCUGAAGGAGUGACCGGGGGAGAUGGCAGCUGGCCGGCUCCUGCUGUACGCCGGCCUCUCCCUGGCCCUGUGCGCCCUGGCCAUGCUGGCGGUGGCCAUCUGCUCCGACCACUGGUACCAGACCGACGCCAGGAGGCACCGGGAGCGCUGCAAGAACUACGCCAGCCGCACCAACCACCCGGGCUUCAUCUACACCUCCAACAACCUGCCCCUCCGCGCCAGCCGCCGCCAGCUCGACCGCUGGGAGGAGAAGCUGCUGGGGGCCAGGAACCGGCGCCAGCUGUUCGCCCUGAGCGCCGCCGAUGAGUGCAGCCGCAUGUACAACUCCACCAACACCGGCCUCUGGAUGAAGUGUCACCGGCUGGGAUUUGACGAGGAUAUCGCGGAACUGAUCGCCAAAGGUGUGAUAAACAGGUGUACACCAAUCAAAUAUCACUACUCCUCAGCAAUCCUUCCGAAAAAUCUUUCAUACAACAUCACGAAAACCAUCCGACAAGAUGAGUGGCACUCCCUGCUGACAAUUCGGGAGAAACGUAACAGAGGCGUCAACAUAUGAGGGAACCUCACAAUCAAUGCAGAGGAAAGAUGAGAAGGAUCUGCUUUGAGUGAACCUUUGCGAUGUGGAACGUGCUGUCCGAAAGGGCAGAUUUGAGAAUACGUUUUGAGAAGAAGGCGAGAAGUGUGUGACUAAGUGAAUUUUGUAAGGCUAUGGGGAAAGAGCGAAAGAGCAGGGUUGGUCAAAACGCUCUUUCAUGGAAUCACCUUCGGCUAUGCUCAACACACUUGAAUACAUUUUUAUUCUGCUAACACAAAUCACUGUGGGUACCUCUGUAAACACCGAAAUAAAAAGGAAGGAAUUACAUCAGCGAUACCACAGCAUGUGUUGC